AUGAUUAGGAAACAAGCUAGAGAAAGAAGGGAAUAUUUAUACCGUAAGUCUCAAGAACUUCAAGAGUCUAAGCUUACAGAGAAAAGAGCUCAGUUGAAAGCAUACUUAGCUAGUGGUAAACCUUUGCCUCAAGAUUUAAGUGAUGACAAACAAUUAAUCAAAGAUUAUAUAUAUGAUGAAUCAGAACAAGUUAAUAUCGACGAUGAGUACGCCAUGUCCAGUGGUGUUGUAGAACCUGAAGUAUUAGUUACUACUUCCAGAUCUCCAAGUGUUAAAUUAUUACAAUUCUCCAAAGAAAUCCAAUUAUUGAUUCCAAACUGUAGAAAAGUUAAUAGAGGUGGUUACGUUGUACCAGAUUUGAUUCAAAGUUCAAUAAAGUCAGGUUAUAGUGACAUGAUAGUUCUUCAUGAACAUAGAGGUGUACCGACAUCUUUGACGAUUAAUCAUUUCCCUCAUGGUCCUUCAGCUAUGUUCACCUUACAUAAUGUUAAAUUAAGACAUGAUUUACCUGAUAUGGGAACUGCUUCACAACAAUAUCCUCAUUUAAUAUUCGAAGGAUUCACUACCAAAUUAGGUAAUAGAGUAGUACAAAUUUUACAACAUUUAUUCCCUCCAGGCACAAAAAAAUCAUCAAGAGUGAUUACAUUUUUAAAUAAAGAUGAUUUUAUAUCAGUACGUCAUCAUGUUUACGUUAAAACCAAAGACGGUGUUGAAAUCAGUGAAGUUGGACCAAGAUUUGAAAUGAGAUUAUUUGAAUUAAGAUUGGGUAAUGUUGAUGAUAAGGAUGCUGAUGUGGAAUGGCAAUUGAAAAAAUUCAUUAGAACUGCUAAUAGAAAGAAUUAUUUAUGA